CCCUGAUGACGUCUUCAGGGAAGUGAGUCGAGUACAGAUCAGAGUGCAGGCGGAUUAGCUGAGCCGCUUUCCGUAGCAGAGAUGUUCCGCAACCAGUACGACAACGAUGUGACAGUGUGGAGCCCACAGGGCCGCAUUCAUCAGAUCGAGUAUGCCAUGGAGGCAGUGAAGCAAGGAUCUGCAACUGUAGGACUCAAAUCCAGAACCCAUGCAGUCCUGGUCGCUCUCAAGAGAGCUCAGUCUGAGCUGGCAGCCCACCAGAAGAAGAUCCUUCAUGUCGACAACCAUGUGGGCAUCUCGAUUGCUGGACUGACUGCGGAUGCCAGACUCCUGUGUAACUUCAUGCGUCAGGAGUGCCUGGACUCGAGAUUCGUCUUCGACCGGCCUCUCCCCACAUCACGUCUCGUCUCUCUUGUUGGCAGCAAAACUCAAAUCCCAACACAGCGGUAUGGAAGGAGGCCCUACGGAGUCGGACUCCUCAUCGCUGGCUAUGAUGACAUGGGACCUCACAUCUUCCAGACUUGUCCAUCUGCAAACUACUUCGACUGUAAAGCGAUGUCCAUCGGCGCUCGCUCCCAGUCUGCACGCACCUACCUGGAGAGAUGCAUGGACAAGUUCACCGACUGUAACCUGAAUGAUCUGGUCCAGCAUGGCCUCCGGGCGCUCAGAGAAACCCUCCCCACUGAGCAGGACCUCACCACCAAGAACGUGUCCAUUGGCAUUGUGGGUAAAGACAUGGAGUUCACCAUCUACGAUGACGAUGAUGUGGCCCCGUUCCUGGAGGGGCUGGAGGAGCGGCCACAGAGAAAGGUGGCCCCGCCUGCAGACGAGCCGGCCGCCGCCGCAGAGGCAGCAGACGAGCCGAUGGAGCACUGAGCGACUGCAGCCGAUCUGACACGCUGCGGAGGAGAAAGUCACGACGAUGUGCCACCUGCUUAACUGUUCAUCUGAAAUGUUCCCUGCUAACAUCGAUCCGUGUGAUGUUGCUUUUGUAUGGCUAAUGGUGUUCCAAUACACAAUAAAACUCCUUUUUUUUGGGAGGAA